GUGGAACUAGAGCCUAAAUACUAUACUACGUGUAUACAAGCAAAGAUAAUGGAAUAAAGUCACGUAAAUCGACAUGCACUGAAAGUAGGAUAGUGUAACAAGAUAUUUAUUAGAAAUACGUUCAGGAAUUUCGGUGCUAGUCCUUUAAAAGUCAAAUUUCCGGAAUGUGGAUAGCCAAUCAACGCGUCUGAUUUUCUGACGACUGCUCGACUGCUCGAUUAGCUCUCCCUGGCUGUUUCAGCGUCGACAAAAAGUCAGAAAUCAUGGCAGAAGAUAACGCAGACAUGAAUCAGAGCAUGGAGAAUCAUACAGCUAUGGAGGAUACCGAGAGGUCCAACACCGAGAGGAUGUGUAAACAGAAGGUGGAUCUUCAGUCUCUCCCAACACGGGCAUAUCUGGACCAGACUGUGGUGCCGCUCCUUCUACAGGGGCUCUCUGUGCUAGCCAAAGAGAGGCCUCAUAAUCCCAUUGAAUUUCUAGCUGCACAUCUCCUCCAGAACAAGUCUCACUAUGAGGACCGCAUCUAAACAUCUCUGAAGAAACUACACUGGUGGACUUAUUAACAAUGACAAGCUGUGUCUUUCAUUCUGCUUCUGAAUUGUAACGUUUUCUUUUAUAUAUAUACACUACCAGUCAAAAGUUUGGACACACCUAAUCAUU